AUGGAGGACGCGGCCAGGUACGCGCACAGCCCGGCCCACCUGGCCGUCUACCGGCGGGACCACGCGGCGCUGCGAACCCUCGUCGCGGCCCUCCCCCGCCUGCCGCGCGCGGGCGAGGUCACCACCGAGGCGGAGUCGAUCGCGGGGGAGCGGGUGGCGGACGCGGUCUCCGCCGUCAUCGACCGCCGCGACGUGCCGCGGAGGGAGACCCCGCUGCACCUCGCCGUGCGCCUCCGCGACCCCGUCGCCGCCGACCUGCUCAUGUCGGCCGGCGCCGACUGGUCGCUGCAGAACGCCGACGGCUGGUCGGCCCUGCAGGAGGCCGUGUGCACGCGCGAGGACGCCAUCGCCACCAUCAUCGCGCGCCACUACCAGCCGCUCGCCUGGGCCAAGUGGUGCCGCAGGCUCCCCCGGGUGCUCGCCUCCGUCUCCCGCAUCCGCGACUUCUACAUGGAGAUCUCCUUCCACUUCGAGUCCUCCGUCAUCCCCUUCAUCGGCCGCAUCGCGCCCUCCGACACCUACCGCAUCUGGAAGCGCGGGGCCGCGCUGCGGGCCGACAUGACGCUCGCGGGGUUUGACGGCUUCCGCAUCCAGCGCUCCGACCAGACGUUCCUGUUCCUGGGCGAUGGGGCGCGGCCGGAGGAUGCUGGGGGUAAGGAGCUGCUGCCGGGUUCUCUGAUAGUGCUGUCUCAUAAGGAUAAGGAGAUCACUGAUGCGCUGGAAGGGGCCGGCGUGCAGCCUACGGAGUCGGAGGUGGCUCAUGAGGUGGCAUUGAUGUCCAAGACGAAUAUGUAUCGCCCCGGGAUAGACGUCACGCAGGCGGAUCUUGUGCCGCACGUGAAUUGGCGCCGGCAGGAGAGGACUGAAGCCGUGGGGCAGUGGAAGGCAAAGGUGUACGAUAUGUUGAAUGUUCUGGUGACCGUUAAGUCGAGACGGGUCCCUGGGGCAAUGACAGAUGAGGAGCUGUUUGCGAUGGAUGGCGAGGAGAAAAAUGGGAGGAGCGCAGAGCUUGAAACCGAGUUGGAUGAAGUCUUGACUGCCGAGGAGAGGAAGCAGCUUGAUUCUGCGUUGAGGGGGAACCAGGAGGAGGAAUCCGACGAUAGGGCCGAGGAAGGUGACAAAGGGGCUGAUCAUUUGGAUGCAAACGGUGCCGGGAAAGACAAGAAGGGGUGGUUUUGGAACGGCAAGAAAGGUGCCAAGAAUGAUGAGAAGGCACCCAAGGCAGUGAGCAAGGAUGAAUCAGGUGAUGCAGGGAAGGGAAAGGAGAAGGGCAACGGCAAGAAGAAGAAGGGUGGUGUCUCAUCUGGGGAUUCUAAUAAACUCGAAAGUGAGUACAAGAAGGGGUUAAGACCAGUGUUGUGGUUGACACCGGAUUUCCCUUUGAAGACGGAUGAGCUGAUCCCUUUGCUCGAUGUACUAGCAAACAAAGUGAAGGCUGUUAGAAGGCUUAGGGAACUCUUGACAACCAAGCUGCCUACAGGCACAUUUCCAGUCAAGAUUGCUAUCCCUAUUGUCCCAACAAUACGGGUCAUUGUGACAUUCACAAAGUUUGAGGAACUACAGCCUCUAGAUGAGUUCGCCACCCCACCAACGAGCCCCACGCAGUUCCAGGACGCCAAGUCCAAAGAUUCGGAAGGAUCUGCGUCAUGGUACUCAUGGGUCAGAGGGGGCCGCGGUGCGCAGUCUAGCGACAGUGGGGAUAGCAAGAGCUGGAAAGAUGAGGUCGACCCGUUCCACAUACCUUCCGAAUACACCUGGGUCGACGCCACCGAGAAGAAACGUAGGAUGAAGGCAAAGAAAGCCAAGAACAGGCGUGGCACAGCCCGGAAACAGUCGUCGAAAAGCACCUCCUCGGAAGGGGGCCAGCACCCUAUGAUGGACGGCUUCGAGUAA